GCAAAGCCGGUGCGAACAUGGUAUUGGGGUCCAGGCUAUCGAGGACGGGCACAGCAGAAGGGGAACACCAACAACACCCGGACGGAUCCGGAAAUGCCCGCUUCGCACCGGAACUGGCCAUUGUGGGACCUUGUCAGCUUCAGGGUCCUACGCUAUACAGCCGAGGUGCAAGGACAUGCGUGGCCACGCGGUGCACAAAACAGAGCCGGCGCUCUAUGGUGCCCGUGGUUUGGAUUUGGCUUCUGUCCGCCCGAAACAAGAACGUGUGUGCAACUUGCCCGAAAGACCAUGUGCAAGGUGAAGACCUUCAUGAUGCUGACAAUGUUGGGCAUGUUGGAAGGCAUGGAAACAUGGCCGGGCGACGACUGCGAGCACUUUCUGAGGGUCCUCGCGGCCGGUCGCCCCCCGAGCGAUCUGGCCUCCGAGCUGCCCUGCACCACCGCUGGGGGUCGUGUGCCGCCCUUCCCUGCCAUUUUUGCGGACCUCACACAGGACGUGCGGCUGCUCCCUUGUACAUAGCUCCCCGCCGUCUCACAUCUCGUUCAACGGUGCUGCUGAG